CAUUUUUUCCAUCAUGAAGAAUUCGUCGACAUUUCUCAUUUCAUCGACAUUAGCAAUUCUUCUUCUUUUUAUGAUUGAUUUCAUUUCGGAAUCCCCAUAACCAUUAGCAGCGGCGUCAAAUCAUCCCAGAAAAUUCACCAAGAAAAUCCAAAAUUUCUGUUGUUUUUUUUUUAAUAAAAAAUCCAUUUGGAAUGGAUGUUGUGGGUGGAGUGGUUCCGGAGUACAAUCUGGACAAACUCUGUCGCCUCUGCCUCAAGGAAGACGAAGAUGUGCGCUCGAUAUUUUCCGAUGAAAAUGGUCAAACAUUCACGGAAAUUAUUAUGGCCUGUGCGGAGAUUCAGAUCCAGGAGAACGAUGGGAUGCCCAAUCAGAUGUGUGGGAUGUGCAAAGUGCAGGUGCAGAGCGCGUAUGCCUUCAGGAAACGAACGGAGGAGAAUGAUGCUUCCCUCCGGAUGUACAUGGUGCACAAAUUCCCUGAAAGAUUCAAAGCAAGUGAAAUCCAUCAAAACGCCCUGGAAACUAACUCAAUCUUGGACUUGAAACCCGAUCAGGAGUUUCAGAAUGUGGAAUUUACCCUCUCUAUUGAGCCGGAUGUGUCUUUUGGUGUGGAUAUGGAUGAUGGUGUUGCAGGAGAGGAAGUUAUUGAGUAUCUGGAGACGGAUGAAGACCUCAAGCCACAAUUUGACAAGGAGAGUGAGGAAAAGAGUCAAGAGGAGGGUAGUACAGUGAUGGUGUGUCAUGUUUGCAAUGAGGAAUAUGCGGAUGUGGGUGAAUUGAAGGGACAUAUUGAGAGUACCCACACUCGUCACAAGGUAAAGCAGUGUCGGGCGUGCAGGACUCAGUUUAGAAUGAAAACCCAGGCAAAGAGACUGACCACAGAGCAGGAAGAGCAAGUAGAGGAGGAAUCAAAAGCUGAUAAGGAAGCUUGCUCGCAGUGCGAAAAGAAAUUUCCAAAUGUUGAAGCUCUCAAAGCUCAUCUGCAGACACACAAGAAGCAAAAACGAGGCCGUCCAUCGCUAAAAGACAUCGAGGUGCGCAAUCAGCUGUCCAACUUGAAGGAUGAGGAAGAGAAGCAGAAUAAAGUGUACCAGAUGAUACAGGAGUACUCUCCAGAGGGUGUGGUGGCCCUGUGUCGAAUUUGCGAUGUUACAUUCAGUAAAAUCUGCCAGCUGCGGAAUCAUUUGAACAAACACAAAUGCUUGGACUCCUUCGCGGAUGUAAAUCUCACAACCAAGUGCUACUUAUUCGAUAAUACAAAGAUCAUGCCCGACAUGGAGACCAAUGAGAGUCUCAUAAACUACGUAAUGAAUGAGAUUUGUAUGGGGAAUUCAACGCGUUUCUAUCAAAUAACCAACAACAAUGGCCAUGAAUUUGAGCUGUCCGACUCGGAUUCCAGCGAAUCGGGUACUGAGGACUUCCUCUCCGGCGAUCGGAGGCACCAUCAGUGCUCAGCGUGUCAGCAGGUCUUCGAUCGACUGUACAAAAUCCUCGCGCAUAUGCGUCUCGAUCACAUUGAGUCGGAUUUCACGGCAAAGUGCCCCCAAUGCACUCGUGUGUUUCCCAAUGAUGCCCUCCUGGCAAAGCACACGCGAUUGCAGUGCCAGAACAAGGAGAAAAUGUACUUUUGCCGUAUUUGCAAAAUCAAAUUCAUGUGGGAAAAUAGCCAUGAGAAGCAUCAUCAAAAUUUUCAUGCAAAUCGCACACUUGUGGCCAAGGGGAGACGCGAUAAGAUUGCAAAGGGAAAGCCAAGAGAGAAGUCCUUCCCGUGCUCCAUCUGCAGUAAGGCCUUCUACAGGCAGGAGCAUCUGGAUCGUCACGUGAAGAUACACAUGCCGUCUGAGAAGAAAUUCGAAUGUACAGUGUGUCAGAAGAAGUUCAAUCGAAAGGACAAUCUUAGGUCACAUAUGAGAGUUCACAAGGACAUUAAAGAGGACACAGAUAAGCAUUUAUGUGUCUACUGUGGACGUAGUUUCUCCAAUUCAUCGAAUCUCAUUGUUCACAUGAGGAGACAUACGGGUGAGAAGCCAUACCGAUGUGAUCUCUGCGAUAAGGGAUUCCCACGAUCGUCUGAUCUUCAGUGUCAUCGUCGAACACACACGGGAGAGAAGCCCUGCCUCUGUACGAUCUGUGGGAAAGGUUUCUCCCGAUCGAAUAAGCUUGUUCGUCACAUGCGCAUCCAUACAGGUGUUCGUCCAUAUAAAUGCACGUACUGCGAUCGUGCAUUCACGCAGUCAAAUGAUUUAACGCUCCACAUAAGAAGGCACACGGGGGACAAGCCAUACGUCUGUGGUAUUUGUGGUGAUCGCUUUAUACAGGGUACAGCCUUAGCAGCUCAUCGACGCAUGCAGGGACACUACGAAGAGGUGAACCAACCAACACCCUUCUCCAGCAUCAGCGUAAACAAUCCCAAUCGCUUUACAAAUGCCAAUCGGGUCAAUCGCAUUGGAAUUCCUCCUGCCACACAACCGGAGCAGCAGCAGCAGCAACAGCCACAGCCUACAACGCUCAUCAUUUCGCCGUCAACGCAAGUCACAACGCUGGCAAACAUAAAGACGGAGAAAGUUCAAAAUGAAGCCAUUGUCAUUCCGGUGAAUGCCUUGACGCAAAGUACGCAAAAUCGUGCAUCAAGUCCCCUCAAUCCAACCAUUGCUAGAAUACACGUUAAUUCCGCAGGGUAUGGCGCAAAUGGGCAGAUAUUCUCCAGCUUUGAAGUCACCUCACUCCUGUCGAUGCCUCACUACCAAAUGCAGCAGCAAACAACUGAUACGCAGCAGCAGCAGCAACAGCAGCCAAAUCAACAAGGAUACAACUGAUCCAAGCGAUAGAUCAUCGGAUAGAUCCAGUAAAAGAAUCAACAUGCAGGUAUAUUUUAUCGAAAUUUGGGUAUUUCUGUGAGUGUUUCAUCAUUUAUACUUUUCCUUUUUCUUUAAAUCCGUAAAAUUUCCCAUUUUUUAUGUAAUUUUAUUAGAAGAUUCCAAAUCUUCUUUUUAGUUUUUUAGAGGUGAUAAUUUAGCAAUACAUAAUUUGUAUGUAAAAUAUUCUAUUAAAAUACAUUCAUUUCAUUUUUUAAAAUUCCAACAGAGGUAAUUUAAAUGGAAUGUGAUUAAAAUUUUGUAGUCUUAAAAAUUCCAUGAAUAAAGCGUAUAGGAGUUUACUCGUUUCUGUAUGAGAAAACCUUAAUUUGAGGAAAGAAAUACAAAAGAAUAAGAGAUUUCGCAAAACAAAGAUUUUCCAUUUUUUACUGGAAAGAUCUGCAAAAUUUGCCCAAAGUACGAAACAUUUACGCUCAUGUUUCAUGCAUUGAAACACGCGAAAAACAAUGGUGACGUCAUUGUUUACAUUUUUGGGUAAAUUUAUAUCAACCAGUCUCUUUUAAAGUGUUAAAAGGAAGUCUCUUUGGUGCUUUCUGAUUCUUUUCUGGUAACAACCUUUAAUCGUUGAGUUUCCUCGAAAAGAUCAUGACGCCACUCGAAUUUUAUUUGUGCUCCUGAUGAGACACUCAAGAAUUCCCAUAUGUGGCAGAUGGGAGAGCUGGUAGGCAGCCUGUAGUUUCUAGAGAGCAUUGACUAUUUCUUAAGGAUGAUGAUUAUAAUGUAGAUUUAAGUCCCUCAAAAGACCAUUUUGAAAGUUUAAAAAAAUGGCAUCCUCGUUGUAUAAAAUUUGUGUAAUUAUAUUCAAAAAAUAAUAAAGAGCAUCACAAAUCUAUUUUAGAAAAAAAAUAAAA